UGUUUUGCGCGCGCGUUUUCGGACUUGCGUGAGAGCCAAUCAGUGGCAACAUGAGAUUAACGACCUCCUCGUUUUUCUUCUUCCGCCAUUUUUCCUCCUUAUCUCCAUGGUUGAAAAUAAGUUUGUCGCCGCCUUCACUCCAGCGGAAGUCGAAGCCGUAAAGAAGCUGAAAGAAGCACUUCCAGACAUUGUCAAGAAUGCCUUGCCUUCCACCACCGAGGAAGCCGCUGCCAUCCCUGAUUUGUGGAACGUCAAGCUGGACAAGGAUUCCAAAGAUGAAAGGCUGGAUGUGAUUCUGGUCAAGUUCUUGCGUGCCAGAAACUUGCAAAUGGACGCUGCGACCAAAAUGCUCACUGAUACCUUGGCUUGGCGUCGCGAGUUCAAGAUUGAUGCUUUAAUGAAUGAAACAUUCGAUGAGUCCAUUUUUAGCUCGGUGGGUUAUCUGCAUAAAUCUGAUAAGAAUGGCCGUCCCGUCUGCUACAAUUUCUAUGGUGAUUUGGAUCAGAACAAAGUCUUUGGUGAUGUUCAAAGAUUUAUUCGCUGGCGUGUCAAGCUGAUGGAAGAAGGUGUGGAACUCAUUGAUUUCGUUAAUAUCGAUUCCAUGGUGCAAGUUCACGAUUACAAAGGCGCCUCGAUGUUUGGUCGUACAGCGAAUGCCAAGGCCGCAACACAGGAGAUUAUUAAAAUCAUGCAGGACAAUUAUCCUGAAUUUCUGGCUGUGAAAUUCUUUGUCAACGUUCCUUGGUGGGGAAGCAAAAUCUUCAAACUGUUGCGCCCUGUCUUACCGGAAGCCACAUUUAAAAAAUUUGUCGUCUGCUCAAACGAUGAAUUAACAACGACUCUCACGCAAUACAUUGCGGAAGAAAAUUUGCCCACUGUGUAUCAGACCGGUAAAUCAAGAGCGGUUCAGUCGACCGGACAGACGGAAGAGAAGAAGACCCCGAAGACGUCGAUGAUUUUGAAAGAAGCCACUGCUUUUUCCAGGGAACCUACCGCGACUACCGAUGCCGAUGUUGCGGCAGCUGUGAAAGAAGAACCAACCAAAACAACAACAACUGAAGCGACGCAGACUCCAACAGCCACUGCCGACGCUCCCAUUGUUGAACCGGUGCAGGCUCCAUCUACUACUGCCGAUGCUCCCGUUGCUGAACCGGUGCAGGCCCCAUCUGCUGCUACCGCUGACACUCCUGUCACUGAAUCGGCACAGGCAACCCCAUCCAAGGCGACUGUAUCCACUGUGGAUGAUGACGAUGAUGAUUUGAAAAUUGAUCAAGUCGAGCCAGCCAACGACAAGGCGGAUAGCAAAACCUCUGCAUAGUCUUGCGCUAUUUGCUUGUUCCUGAGUUCUUUAAAUACUCCUUAUGUUUAAUCCUAUCGAAUAGCUGUUAAUGAAGCAAAUCAACCUUAUCAAUAUAGCUUAUAAUUUAAAUUGUUUCGGACUGAAAAAACCCAAAACUAUAUCGUUAAGAAAAAGAAAAUAAUGAGGAGUCAUGUUGUCG